GAAAUGAUAACGCUUCGAUCCCACUGUUGAUUUUUUCUCCUAUUAUGUCAAAAUAUAGAUUGAGUUAUGAGAGAAACGAUUUUAUUUUGAAAGAGAAGUUGUAAUUUGGGCUGUUUUUGUUUUUAUUAUUGAAUGAGGCGGGUGUGAUUGGGCUGGAAAGAGACUGUCUUUCCCAUCAUGCAAUCCUGGUCGGAAUUUCGGAAAUGAAAAAGCCUGGCCAAGGCGGAGCAGUUUUUUCUUUGUGAACGUAUUGUUUUUCCUAGAUUUCAGCCACUUAACUAAAUCCAAGUCUCGACGACGUGUCCAGCAUUAGCCACAUUACGGAGUCAGACAUCAGUCUACAAGUCUGGGCACUCGUUGAAGUUUUGUUGCCUAUUUUAGCUUAGCCUAGCUGGCCAAUCGCUAAUAAAGCUGCAAGGCACGACGUCAAGCAUUCAGAAAUCAAAAUAUGCUCGCGAGGACUACACCGGCGGCAAAUAAGUUCCAAGAGGAACUUAAAGAGGAGCCCUCACGUCACAAGGAUUCGACUGUGUGCAAAAUAAUGCACGCAAAGGUUGUUCUUCGCAGACUCGAAGAUCUGUAUGUCAGCCACGCCCAUUAUCCUGAGCACCCGGAGUUUGCAUGCAUCAAGGACGAGGAGGAAGAGUCGCCAUACAUUAAGGAAGAGGAAGAGUUCGGACACAUUAAAGUUUUCAGAAAACAUCUUGGUGCUGAGCGGCAGGAGCCAGAGUCUCCUGGCGUUAAAGAGGAUGUUGAGCUCCCCCAAAUCAAAGAGGAGGAGCCAGAGCCCAGUCAACAGAAGCAACUUUCAAUCAAAAAGGAGGAAGAAGAGCUGCCAUGCGUAAAAGCGGAGAAAGAGGAGGAGCACAUCACUAGGUCAAAUGGUGAGCCCUUGAAGAGUGAAGAUGGUCCGAGUGAGACUGGCGGGGGCGCAGAGCCUCCAAGUGGUUGCAGCAGCAGCUCAACAGAAGGAUUGCGAGCAGACAAUUUCAUCACUCCAGACAGAAGUGGCACCACAUCACACUCGCCUUACAAUGACCAUGGUCAUAAGAAAUCUCACAGUGACGACAAACUCUGCAAAUGCUCUCAGUGUGAGAAAACCUUUGCUGCCAAGCAAACUUGUCAUGCGCAUAUGAGGAGGCACACUGUAGAAAAACCUUUUUCCUGUUCUGUUUGUGGUCAAAGAUUCGCUAGAAGAAAAACCUUAAAACAACACACAAGAACCCACACUGGCGAAAAACAUUUUUGCUGCUCAGUUUGUGGUCAUAGAUUCUCUCAAAAGCAACACUUACAACGUCACGAAAGAACCCACACUGGCGAAAAACCUUUUUCCUGCUCAGUUUGUGGUCAAAGAUUCGCUCAAAAAAUAACUUUAAUACAACACACAAAAACCCACACUGGCGAAAAACCUUUUUCCUGCUCAGUUUGUGGUCAAAGAUUCGCUCAAAAAAUAACCUUAAUACAACACACAAGAACCCACACUGGCGAAAAACCUUUUUCCUGCUCAGUUUGUGGUCAAAGAUUCAGUCACAAGGGCACCUUAAAAAAACACACAAGAACCCACACUGGCGAAAAACCUUUUUCCUGCUCAGUUUGUGAUCAAAGAUUCGCUCAAAAGCAUUCCUUGAACGUACACAUAACAACCCACACUGGCGAAAAACGUUUUUUCUGCUCAGUUUGUGGUCAAAGAUUCUCUCAAAAGCAAUCAUUGCAACGUCACGUAAGAACCCACACUGGCGAAAAACCUUUUUCCUGCUCAGUUUGUGAUCAAAGAUUCAGUCGAAAAAGCACAUUAAAAACACACACAAGAACACACACUGCCGAAAAACCUUUUUCCUGCUCAGUUUGUGAUCAAAGAUUUAGUCGAAAGCAACACUUGAAAGUACACAUUAGAACACACACUGGCAAAAAACCUUUUUCCUGCUCAGUUUGUGGUCAAGGAUUCUCUCAAAAGCAACACUUACAAUGGCACGAAAGAACCCACACUGGCAAAAAACCUUUUUCCUGCUCAAAUUGUGGUCAAAGAUUCAGUCAGAAGAGCACCUUAAAAAAACACACAAUAACCCACACUGGCGAAAACCUUUUUCCUACUCAGUAUGUGGUCAAAGAUUCGCUCGGAAGGAUCGCAUGAAGAGACACGUGCGUGUUGGUGCGAGAAGCAGUGGCCAAUGACUGUUUUGGCUGUCAUCUAUGCUGGCUUCAUCAGAUUUUGAACGCAGGAGAGGUUAGGGUUUUGAUUGUUACUUACAUCUGUAGCGCUGCAAUGCGUGCUAGGAGGCAUGUGUUGCCUAUCAACAUAAAAAAAUCAACAAAUAAGCCACAAUGGACUAUAAGCCGCAGGAUUCGAAAUGAAAGAAAAAAUUUGCGGCUUAUAAUCUGGAAAUUACGGUAGUUGUUUAACUACCACUCUUUCGAAGACUUUGGAGAGGAAGGGUAAAUUACAAAUAGGCCUGUAAUUAGCCAAGAUAUCAGAAUCUAGAGUAGGUUUUUUUCAACAGAAGAUACGACAUGGAAGCGAAUAUUGGCUGAAUUAUCUGUUUAUAAUCUGAAACAGGGUGAUCACAUGAUGUCCUUUUCAUCUGGCUUUUAUUCACUAGUGUAAGAUUAUCUUGAAGUACAAACUGAAAGGUAAUCAGAAAAUGAUCUGACAGUACUGGAUUGUGUGGGUGGACAAUGACGUCACUAAUCUAAGCACCGUAGGUUAAGAUUAGGUCCAGGUUGUGCUUGUGACUUUGAGUUGGUUUAUUUACAUUUUGAAUGAAGCCAGUCCCAUGUAGUGGGUCAUCAAAGGCCUUACUAGGGGAGUAACCGUCAUCAUCAACAUGUAUAUUAAAAUCCCCUACAAUUAUAAUUCUAUCUCAGUUUAGCAAAAUACUGGAUAUAAAGUCAGAAAAUUCGAACAAAAACUGUUAGAAGUGACCAGGAGCCAAUUUAAGCACUUCGGAUUGUCUCCGCCGGGCGUCGUUACUGCCUGCGUGAAUCACGAUACGGCAGAACCUAGUCCUACUCUGCUGUAGAAGUCUAAAGUUUCCAUCGAUGUCACAGACUCUGGCCCCUAGGUAAAACCUGACAGACACCGCUGGGUGCUUCACGUCUCUAACUAUGGAGCUUCCAAUUACGAGAGUGUCUGGUUCAGCCGGUGUGUCGCUGAGGGGAUCAAACCUAUUGCUGACUUAAAACUGCUGGUGCACUAAGGUCGUGCGUUUACCACUGCGCUUCCCCCGUACAGUCACAAAUCUAUCCUUCAUCUUCCCCGGCUGCAUGGGGCUCGCUGGGGGGCUAACCACGCUAGCAUUCUUACUACUACAAGCACGGCCUGCGGAGCCUGCUGCUACCUGGCUAUAGCUAGGUUUAGCUUUAGAGUGCAGAGACGUGCUUCUAGCUCGGAAACCCUGGCCUCCAGCCCUGACACUAAACUACACUUCUUACUACUGCUACUAUCCUUGGUGAAGGAGUCAGGGUGCUCACUGUACAUAUAGCACACUGAGCAGAAAAGACAGGGCAGGCAGAGGGUUAGCCAUGGCUCGGUUAAGCUAGGCUAGUAAGGUAGAGCUAAAGAGGAGAGUUGUUGUUUUUUGAAAGAGAGAGAGAGUUGUUUUGAUCCACGAGCAGGCGCUUUCGCUGUUAAAUCGUUGGAUAAAACCAACUGAGGAGCACUAGGAGAAUAGUGACUAGCAACAAUGCUAACAAACAAACAAUACACUCACCUGGAGGGGUUUUCUCGUAGUGUUCUUACGACAAGAACUGUUUUUUUUUUUCUUGUAACGAGUCAAGUUUUGGGUUAUCAUUUUUGUUUAAAUAUCUAAAUAAAACACACAGAAUCAUUUCUGUAUUUAACUUUGCAGAUUACAUUUGUUUUGUGUUGAAAAUGUUGUUGUUUGUUAAUAACAUGGUCACCACCUGACACCUUGCUUACUACAGGGGUCACAAUGAAUAGGGCGCCAUUGGAACAGAAAAGUUCACUGUUGCCAUUAGAGCUGUCCCGACUAGUCGACAUAGUCGCCGUCAUCGAUGACGUAAAUCCGUUGACGAACACAACAUCCCGUCAAUGGCUAAUGAAGGGUUAAAAAAAUAUAUGCGUGGAAAGUUCAGAAUGUCGGACGCUUGGUAUGCAAGCGGGGAAAGCGGCAAAAAGCCAAAAAAGCGCACCAGAGUCCAAAACAUUGACUUAUUUUUAAAGAAACAAAGGACGGUACACUGUUGUGUCCUGUCUCUUCAAUGCCAAGCUUGGCUGCACGUCGGCCGUGAAUUAUAACGACAGGAGAUUGUAAGUCUGUCUAACUAACUAAUGACAUGUUUUAUUGACGUUGCUAAGCCUGUCGCGAUAUGCAAUGAGUCCAUUUUAUCGCAUGGUAAAUAAAAAUGAGGGCGGUCAUUUUCACGGCUGCGAUUUAUCGCUGCGCGCGCGUGCGUGCAUACAUUUGUGCGUGCGUGCUGAUGGCAUAUGAGUCUCCAGUUUUCUCCUCUCAUCAACACGCUGUAGAAUUAAAGUUCAGGCAUACAAAAGAAGAAAACACAUCUAUAUUAAACCCUAUAUACGUUAGCAUUGCUACAUUGAGGUGAAUGGGGGAAAAAAGACGACCUACUUUAGCCGGCUUUAAAACAGGCAGCCUUCUCCAAAACUUGCAGUUAAAAGGUGACACUUCAAACAUGAAAAAUCGCUGGUUAACAGCAUUUGCAAAAGGAAAAAAAAAUCUAUUACUGACAUUACAUGCAAUGACAAAAAGUGUUGUUUUUUUUUUUUUGCGGAGUGUAAAGCUUAAAUUAGCGGUUUAGCGAACGUACUUCCAGUGAACAUUUCAAAAUAAAAGCAUGUAAUGUUCGUCAUAUAAAUAACGAUUUCUGGAGUUAAUCCCACAUACUUCAGAUUCUACACUAAGAAUACCUUUAAAAUGACACCCUUUAUGAAAAUUCUGAUUGGCAAUGAAUAAUUAUUAUAAUACUAUAAUAUUAAUGCUAGGUAUUUUUUAAAAGAAUUGUUUUGAAUCAUUUUGGAAAGGUGAAGAAAGUGUUCUGAAUCUGUUUACAUUCCAUUCUUUUGCACAAGUUAAUUCUGUCAGCAUUUGAACUCAUUGUUUAUUUGUGAUUUAUUAUUGUUAUUUAUCUGUUUAUUUGUACUUUAAUCAAGAAUUUAAGUGUUCCAAAAUGUUUUUGUGAAUUGACAAGCGUCAAAAAAAAUUUCAUUGCUAAAUUAGUAAAAAAAAAAAAAAAAAAAAAUUUAAAGGUUAGUCAACUAAUCGUAAAAAUAGUCGGCUGACUAAUCGGGAGAAAAUGAGUCGUUUGGGACAGCCCUAGUUGCCAUUGUUUUUUGUAACAAAUUGUACACAAACUUCCUCGUCUGUGUUGGAUCCAUAUUAUACGGCUCGCAGUUUCAUUACAAAAUUAAGCAGCAUUAAUUAUAUCAUACUCUCCCUUUCAAACUACACUUUUUACAUUUAAUAUUUGAAACAGAAGACCCCAAAUUCCAAAAAUUCUAAAUCAUUCAAAAUACUGUCAUUAAAUUAAUAUGGAAAAUUACAUUAUAUUGUUCAAUAUUGCAAAAAUACUAAUUAUAAAGCAUUAAUUCUUUAGUAUAGUAGUGUUGAGCUCCUAAGGGGACAUGGAAGAAGAAGAAAAAAGACGGAGAGGAAAAUAAAAACGUUGACGUUUAAAAAAUGAAAAAUAAAUUUUCAAAAAAGGGGCCCCCAAAGGGACAUGGAAGAUUUUUUCCUGUCAAAUGAGUUGCGUGGGAAUAACGUUAACAUGGAGCAAAAAUGAAUUUUCACUACACAAAAACAGUGACAUUUACUAAAAUUCAACUUGGAGGUCGAAAAUGAACAUGAUUAUGAUGAUAGUUCUAUAAUAGUGUCCAGUGGCUCUAGACCAGGCAUGUCCAAAGUCUGGCCCGGGGGCCAAAUGCGGCCCAUGGUCAAAUUUCAUCUGGCCCCCAGCCUCUGUCAUAAAAUCAAAAACGUCUGGCCCGCACACAGACUUAAUAAAUUGAUCAGCAGUACUGCUACCUGCAUAUGAAGUAGCUUUCACACUAAAUGCUGCUCCUCAUUUACCCACUAAAAGGCAGCAUUACUCUAAGCAACAUUACCUCGUGUGACCUUUUACUCCCAAUUUUCUAAAACAAUCAACUAAAAAAAAGUUAACUGCGACGGCCGACGCUUCAAGGAUAGGGUGGAAAUUGGACUAUUUCUUCACUAAAAUACGCAACAACUGUGUCUGCCUCAUUUGCAAAGAGACAGUCGCUGUUUUUAAAGAGUUCAAUGUAGGGCGAUAUUACCAAACAUGACACUCUGACAUGUACGACAAGAUUAGAUACAUAGCAAGAAAUUGAAGCAACUUGAAGCUAGUUUAAUGUUACAGCAGCAGUGUUUCGCAAGAGUCGAAAGCCUAGCCACAAAGGCUAGUUGCGAGAUUGUUGAAACAAUAAAGCAAAUGUAACACACAUGAUGGCUUGCUAAAAUUUGCUUAAAUACAUUGUUAUCCGUAAAGUAUGUCAGCCAAGGUCGGCCCCCCACAUUUUUACUACACCAAAUCUGGCCCCCUUUGCAAAAAGUUUGGACACCCCUGCUCUAGACUGUAGAGUCCAGAAAGGAAAUCUAUCAUUGGUGUCGUCAAAUAGGUAGUAUAUGAAAAUAUGAAAAGAAGGAAUAGAGAGAGAAAAGACUAUGAAAAGGGGGUGUUAAACCGAGGCUUAUUGGACCUUUAAGUUUUCAAAUGUGUUCAUGUGUCAUUGCGCUGUCUAGCUGUGGGGAUUUGCACAAUAAUACAUGGGCACUUAUAUUUCCAAUACCAGAACUAUACCGCCGGCUUGUUCACGAAUGGAGACACGAGAGUUCUUGUUUAACUGAUGUUUACUGUUGUCUUGCUUUCACCACAGACCCACCGUAGAACUGGUGAUACAAUGAAGUGAUGAACAAUUGAAUAAAUGAACAUAUACAAAAUCUAAAACACAAAUGAAAAUAUACAUACCACUUUGGCCUGCUCAUGAACAAACAGGGAAGUCUACUUGACUUAUUUAGCUUUUAUAUGGCUUACUUUCAGCAACUCGGAGGAGCUAGUGCUGCUUAUGCUACAGCUUGCUGCAUCGGACUUUCACUUCCUCCUUGGAAAACAGGACGCGACCUGAUUGGUUGUGUGUUCACUGCAAUUAAACUUGGAAAUGUAACAAUUUUAGUUUAACCUUUCAACGAAUUAUUAUUAACAAUGUACUUCCAUGAAUUGUAAAAUGACAACAGGAAAAUAAAAAUAAUGCACACAAAAAAUAUUAAGUUGCAUGUCUUGUAAAAAGAUAAAUUAACUUUAGCGACUCAACAGCUUCGCUUGCUGGCGAAACAAAGUUGCGGGACAACUUGACAGCUGUUACAAGAACUCCAGGUGAAAUAGAACGCUGUCUUUAUAGUACCCUACUAGUAUGGCGUAAACUAUCCGGAUGCAUGUGUACUGCCAUCGUGCACGCCUUGUAUGGAGAUAACGCACGAGCAUGACAAAUUUGGACGAAUGAAUUGGAUGAAAAGAAUACUCAAGUGAUUAGUAACAUUGUGAGUAACUGCUUACAAUGUCAGAUUGAUUUUAAAUACAGUGGUGCCUCUACAUACGAAGUUAAUUCGUUUGAGGACCUUGUUUGUAAGUCGAAAUGGUCGUAUGUCGAGCAGGAUUUUCCCAUAAGAAUACAUAAUAAUUCCAUUAAUUCGUUCCACAGCCCAAAAACCUACACUAAAUCCUUAAUAAAUACUGCUGUUACUAUUGCAAAUAGUAGUUACAAAGAGCAAAACAAAUAAAUUAUGAAUACAAAUCAAUAAUGAUAAUAUAAUAUUAGUAAUAAUAAUAAUACCUGUAAUAAUGUAACGAACCGAGUUCUAAUGUGGCAGACUUUUUUGUUGUUGUACCUGAACGCACCAUCGGGCUGACGUGACAGUGAGCGCGGCUCUACAUUCUGUUUUGAUGCUAGAAGAAGAGAAG